AUGAGUCGAGAUCUCCCAGGUGUCGAUGAAUCGGUUUAUUUCGGCAUUGGGAAAGCACAACAUACCAGGCUUACGCUGGAGGUUGGUCCCGACCGAGCCGCUGCGGAAUGGAUUGUUCGUUGUGGUGGUGCAGUCAAGUACGUUUAUAUUACUUUUCAUUUCCGGUCACAUCUUUUGUUUUCUUUAUCGGGAAGGACUGCUGAACUGGAUCCAAGGGUGCCUGAGGACGACGUGAAGCUCACGCAUAUUCAUGCCAUUGAUGCCUCCAUUACCGGUUACGGCUGUCGCCACUUUGAAGGUUUAAUAGGAAUAAAGGAAGUUAGAUUCCGUUUCUGCGACAAUUUACACGACUAUGGAUUAGAGCAUAUGGGAAAGGCGGUCGGAUUGUACUUGAAUACUCUUGAGAUCGAUGGAUGUCGCAGGAUCACCGAAUUCGGCUUAGCACAUUUGGAGUUAUGCAGGUGA